GCGCAAAACCUCAAUCCCCAAAAAACUAUCUUUAAAACCCUAUAUAUAUUUAUUCACCACCAUAAACUUUUCAUUCAACUCAUUGCUUACCGUCUCUCCUCCUCCACCACAAACCCACACACCGCCACCCGCCGCAAAUGGGUCGUGUAAUUCGGGGGCAGCGUAAGGGAGCAGGCUCCGUCUUCAAGUCCCACACCCACCACCGCAAGGGCCCGGCCCGUUUCCGCUCCCUCGACUUCGGCGAGCGCAACGGCUACCUCAAGGGUGUUGUCACCGAGAUCAUCCACGACCCCGGCCGCGGCGCGCCGCUCGCGCGCGUCGAUUUCCGCCAUCCCUUCCGCUACAAGCACCAGAAGGAGCUCUUCGUCGCCGCCGAGGGCAUGUACACCGGCCAGUUCGUGUACUGCGGCAAGAAGGCGAAUCUCGUCGUCGGCAACGUGCUGCCCCUCAGGUCUAUCCCGGAGGGCGCCGUCGUCUGCAACGUCGAGCAUCACGUCGGGGAUCGUGGUGUUUUCGCCAGGGCCUCUGGGGACUACGCUAUUGUCAUCUCUCACAAUCCUGAUAACGACACUUCCAGGAUUAAGCUACCUUCAGGAGCCAAGAAAAUAGUGCAGAGCGGCUGCCGGGCAAUGGUUGGACAGAUUGCUGGAGGUGGGCGUACUGAGAAGCCAAUGCUGAAGGCUGGAAAUGCAUACCACAAGUUCAGAGUGAAGAGGAACUCAUGGCCUAAGGUGCGUGGUGUUGCCAUGAAUCCAGUCGACCAUCCUCAUGGUGGUGGUAAUCAUCAGCACAUUGGUCAUGCUAGCACUGUCCGUCGUGAUGCGCCACCUGGCCAGAAGGUUGGUCUUUUUGCUGCCAGGAGGACUGGUCGCUUGCGUGGUCAAGCUGCCGUCACUUCUGCUAAAGGUGACAAGGCUUAAUUAAGUUUUUUAGCGUUUCGAGUAACAAAAGAUGUUUUUUCGAUUUUGUUUAUUUCUUUUU